AUGGAGUUGGGGUUUGAAGUAAUAGCAUUUAGUGAUGAAGAAGGAGUAAGGUUUCAGUCUACAUUCAUAGGAAGUGCUGCUAUAGCUGGAAUUUUACCAGUUUCAGCACUGCAAAUAACUGAUAAAAGUGGUGUGACAAUUCAAGAUGCUCUUAAGAAAAACUCCAUUGAAGUUACAGAGGAGCACUUGCAGCAGCUCAGAUAUGACCCAAAGUCAGUUUGGGGUUAUAUUAAGAUUCACAUUGAACAAGGGCCUGUACUGGAAUGGGUUGGUUUUCCUCUAGGAGUUGUUAAAGGCAUAGCUGGACAGACAAUACUAAAGGUAACAUUCACAGUAGAUUUACGUGCAAUUGAUGACAUGGGACGUGAAGCUGUUGUAUGUGAAUUAUCUAUCCGAUUGUAUCAAAUAUGUGAUAGGCGUUCAGUUUCGUGCCCAAUUGAUCGUAAGCAUGAUGCAAAUGCAGUCAUUUGCGAUUCUGAGCUGACUUCGAAGCUGAAGUCAGCAGCUUAUCUUGGGCUCAAGAGAAUGACAGGUUCUGUUCAGGAUGAAGUACCUGUAUUAAUGAGUGGAGCAGGACAUGAUGCAAUGGCUCUGUCUCAUUUAACUAAGGUGGGUAUGCUUUUUGUCCGCUGUCGAGGAGGCAUACGUCACUUCCCUGAAGAACAUGUAUUGGAUGAUGAUGUUUGGGCAUUUGGUUUGGCAAUCCUGGCAUUCAUAGAGACUCAGCUCUAGAUUGGAACAUUUUUUUCCGACAUUACUGUAUAUAUAGGAGCAAUCUCAAUAAUCUAGUAUGUGACGAAUGAUGGGUCUUGUAUGUGACAAUUCUUUUGUCAAGUACAAACCUAAAAUUAAGGGAUCAUAUUUACUCUGCAAUGUGAAGCCCCUGCAUAAUGUUUCUCA